AGGAGACGGAAGCGUGUCUUCCUGUUUGGCAGAAGGAGGAAGCAGGAUGUGUGAAAUCUCACGUGUGCUUGUUGUUAUGAGCGACGUGCAGUAAUAUUUCUGUAGCGGUGUGUCCAUGCCUAUCAGAGCCAGCAUCUUCCUCUUCUGUUUAGUUCGGAUAACUAUGGCCCAGCUCUUGGCACAAGAAGAAAAAGAAAAAACUACUGCACUAAAAGAUUUAUUGUCCAGGAUCGAUUUAGACGAGCUGAUGAAAAAAGACGAGCCUCCACUGAACUUUCCUGAAACUCUGGAUGGGUUUGAAUAUGCCUUCAAUGAACAUGGUCAGUUGAGACACAUACACACAGGGGAGCCAUUUGUCUUCAACUAUAAAGAGGACCUGCAUAGAUGGAACCAGAAAAGAUAUGAAGCAUUGGGAGAGAUCAUUACAAAUUAUGUUUAUGAACGCCUGGAAAACGACUGCAACCUGAAGAAGGAGAUCCUCCCCGUCGAUUCGACUGUGGAUGAACCGAAAAGCUUUAUUUACAUGAGCGAGGAUGCCCUCACUAACCCAGAGAAGAUCAUGGUUCUCAUCCAGGGCAGUGGAGUGGUGAGGGCAGGCCAGUGGGCUCGACGCCUCAUCAUUAAUGAAGACCUCAACAGUGGGACGCAGAUACCCUUCAUUAACCGUGCCAAAGAGGAGGGCUAUGGGGUGAUUGUGCUGAACCCCAACGAGAACUCUCUGGAGGUGGAGAAGGUUCCGGAUUCAGCCAAGAAACUGUCCCCGGAUGCCUCUGAUGAGCCGGCUGAAAAGAGAGAGAGGAAGGAAGAGCGGGAGAACAAGAAAAAGAAGGACUUUUAUGAGAAGUAUCGCAACCCACAGAAGGAAAGAGAGAUGGAGCACAUCCCGAUACGAGAAAACAGCACUCCAGAGGAACACACUCUCUAUGUGUGGGACCACUUCAUCUCUAAAUCACUUGCGAAAAACAUCUUCAUCGUGGCACACAGCUAUGGCGGCUUAUCAUUCGUGAAUUUGAUGAUUCAGCGAGAAGCAGAAGUGAAGAAUCGUGUCCGUGUGGUGGCCAUGACUGACUCUGUCCAUAACGUCUGGCACCAGGAGGCCAACAAGUCCAUUCGGGACUGGCUCAGAGAGGUACAAUCUUCCAUCAACCAAAUGUGCCAGAAUCUUGAUGUUCCCAAUCACAGCAUCAAUAGCGGCCGCACAGCUCAGCUCAAACAGCCUGGCAUUUCAUUCAGCGAGCAGAUACACUCCCGAAGCAGGAGUCACGGAAAGCCAAUAGUUUGUUUUUCAUCCCACACUCUUGUUUGUCUGUUUGGGCAGAUGUCAAUAAGAAAUCAAAGCCAAACACCGCCGCACGCAGGCAGAUGCUCUGUUAGUAUGUCAGUUUUAUUUAGUUGCUGCCCUUUCAGCGUUGACCUCGAGUCCAGAGACAACACCUGGGAACACUCAAUAUGCACAUAAAUAUGAGUGAGUGGAUCCCAAGCCAGGGCUACAGGGGAGCCAGCCAUGCAAAUGCCAAGCGCAAACACACGCCCUCGCUUCUCGCCCGCUUUCUCCGUGAACAGCGGACCACCCAGCCCACCAGAAAAAAAAUCUUUU